GGCAGGGGUCAUGUUUCUGGAACACAUUGAGAUGGUGAACCAACGCCGAAUCCCCUUGCGUCAAAGGAGGGAGGAACAUGCGGGUUGGAAACAAAGCAGGCUGACGGCUACGUCAAGCUCCGUUAUGUUGUACAACGUUGGAAUCCAAGCCAGCCGAGGCUACCUCCACCCCAUUACGCCGUUCUACUAUGGUGCUAUAACAUGGCCGGUGUGUAAGAAGAAUGAUUUUAGGUGGAGGAUGUCUACCCCCUUUAGCCAUUUGUUCACGAGCCUGCCCGACAUUUAGCAUCUCAUUACACUCUGGCAACCUAUAUCGAUCGCAGCUGAUCAAUGCCAUUCCCAGAAGAUGGCGUCUGAAAGGCUCUUUGAAAACAUCCCGUCUUUCCCUGACGACGUCCCGACGGCCGUCAUGUCUACCAUCUCGCUAGCGAGGCUGCGCGAUGGGGAUAUGGAUGCUGCUACUAAUCUGUUUGAUUCGGCCCAGGAACUAGGUUUCUUUCUACUCGAUUUACGCGAUGAUGAGUUGGGCAAGGCUCUAAUAGAUGAGAUUGACUCUCUCUUCGGCCUGAGCAAAACCAUCAUGAACCUCCCUGACGAGGUCAAGCGGAAAUAUCUGCAUAAUGCCCCGAAGAGCUUCCUCGGCUUUAAGCCCCAGGGUUAUGCGAAAAUAGAGACCCGGGAGCCGGACCGGUUUGAAUGGUUUAACCUUGGCCAGGAUGGCUUAACGGGGUGUGCACCCCUCCAACCGCUUCCACCGGUCAUGCACGAUAACCUGCCAUUAUUCAAGUCAUUCCUGGGGCAUGGCCAGAGUAUCAUUGAGACGAUCUGUCGCACCUUAGCAACGCAGCUCAAGCUGCCGCCAGAUUCCUUCACAUCUCUACAACCUCCUACUAAACCCUCUGGAACCGUUAUUCGGAUCAUUAAAGCAUUCGCGUGUCCGGAGGAAGAGGACCUACGCACGAGCAUGAUCCACCAUACGGACUUCGGCACCAUUACCUUGCUCGCCAACGUGCUGGGUGGCCUGCAAAUUCUAUCACCGGCGAAAUCACCAAUGGAGGCGGACGACAACGACUGGCUCUGGGUCCGUCCACGGCCCGGUCACCUGAUCGUGAACCUCGGGGACGCCAUGGUACAAUGGACGGGCGGGCUGCUACGGAGUAACGUGCAUCGCAUCAGAUAUCCGCCCGGCGAGCAGCGCUUUCUCGACCGGUACAGCAUAGCCAUCCUCGUCAGGCCGGAGCGCAACGCGAGUAUGAAGAGAUUGGCCGGCCAGGGCGAAGACGACGGAGAUGACGAAGACGACAAUCUUACCGCCUGGGAGUGGGAGGUGAAGAAAUCCCAGGCGCUGACGAGGGGGGAGAAUACCGUGAAGAGUAGGGGUGGGAAGUCGGUAAAGAGGUAGGUAGGUAUUUUCACAUCCUAUAGCUGCAAAGGGGACGCGACUUCGUAACGACCUCAUAUAUAACCGUGUACAUCUUCAGCUCUAGCUUUAUGUUUGCGAUGUUCUUGUAUGUCGUAUUGGUUCCAUUAAGGAUCUCUUCACAUUGCUGUUCUUCUCUGACCGUCCGGCGUAUGGUGACUCCAUUAAAAGUAAGAGGCGGUAGAUAUAUUUUAUGAUUGUAUCGGAAAGUUGGAGUACCUAAUUAGAUAUUGUGCUGGAUAUAAAUCACGUACGGAGAAUUCGAUUAAAAGAAGGGAGGUUAGGGAGGUUGCAACUGGUCCGGGGUAGUCCGUUCAUACCCCGGCAGCGGUUCAUGAUGCAGGUUGUACUAGGUACCAUGUACCUCCGCCAGCUCAAGCGGGAG